ACACCUGGUGUAUUCAUUUCCCAUUACUGCUGUAACAGACUGCCACAAACUCAGUGGCUUCAAACAACACGAAGUUACUAUCUUACAGUUCUGGAGGUCAUAGUCUAAAAGGGUCGUUCUGGAGGUUCUGGGGGAGAAUCCAUUCCUUGCCUUUUCCGGCUUCUAGAGGCUGCCUGCAUUCCUUGCUCACGGCCUCCCAUCCCAUCCUCAGCCUCCGCUUCCCGCUCACAUCUCCAACUCUGGCCCCCUCCCUCCCUCCCUCCCUCUUUGAAGGACUCUUGUGAUUCCAUUUAGGACCCACCCAGAUAACCUCCCCAGUCCCUUUUGUCACAGCCAGUAGCAUAUUCACAGGUUCCUGGGUGUAGGACGGGAACAUCUUUGGAAAUCUAGCUGCCGGCCACACCUGCGGCAGGGAAGCCAGAAUUCGGACCCAGGCAUUCAGAUCCCAGAGCCUUGACCACCAUGUGUUCGGGUCUUCCAUGUGGGGUGGCCCGUGCUACAUGCUCUAGCCCCCACCCGCCUUCUGAGAUCUGAGAUUCCCCUUCCAGAGGGAGGGUGGUUUCGGAAUGACUGAGGUGUCCUGUUACAAAAAGGAGAGGAGGAUGCACAGCCACAGUGGAAAACAGUCCACAGGUCCUCGAACCACGGGACGUCGUGUGACCCUAAGACCCAGCGAUUCUGCUGCUGGGUGAACUGGAGGAGUUCUCCCAGAGGAUGGAAAACAGGGACUCAAAGACCGGAAGACUUGAGACCCUAGGACCAGUGAAGCCUAAAAUGUGGACCAUCUAGACCUUGACAGAAAACACUCCCCAGCCCCGGGACGGAGGGCUGCUUAGGGCUUGCGAAGUCCGUGCCAGGAAACAGUGACAGGUGUCGUGUGCCCUUGGCCACAUGGAACCCCUGAGGCGGUCACCCUCCCCUUGCCCAUCCUCCAGCCCCAGCACCCCGCCCUGCGAGAUGUUUGGUCACGUGGGCAUCGCGGCCGUGCUGGACCAGCUGAAGAUCAAGGCCAUGAAGAUGGGCUUUGAGUUCAACAUCAUGGUGGUGGGGCAGAGCGGGCUGGGCAAGUCCACGAUGGUGAACACCCUGUUCAAGUCCAAGAUGUGGAAGACGACCGUGCCAGGCUUCGUGAUGCCCAUACCCCAGACGCUGCAGCUGCACUCAGUGACCCACGUCAUCGAGGAGAAGGGCGUGAAGCUGAAGUUGACAGUGACUGACACGCCAGGCUUUGGGGACCAGAUCAAUAACGACAGGUGCUGGGACCCCAUCCUGGGCUACAUCAACGAACAGUACGAGCGCUACCUGCAGGAGGAGAUCCUCAUCACCCGCCAGCGCCACAUCCCGGACACCCGGGUGCACUGCUGCGUGUACUUCGUGCCGCCCACCGGGCACUGCCUGCGGCCCCUGGACAUCGAGUGCCUGCAGCGGCUGUGCCGGACUGUGAAUGUGGUGCCCGUCAUCGCCCGUGCCGACAGCCUGACCACUGAGGAGCGAGAGGCCUUCAGGCGCAGGAUCCAGCAAAACAUGAGGGUUCACGGCAUCGACGUGUACCCCCAGAAGAGCUUUGAUGAGGACAUUAACGACAAGAUCCUCAACAGUAAGAUACGGGACCGGAUUCCCUUUGCCGUGGUCGGGGCCGACAGAGAGCACCUGGUGAAUGGGAGAUGUGUCCUGGGCCGCCAGACCAAGUGGGGCAUCAUUGAAGUGGAGAACAUGGCGCACUGCGAGUUUCCUCUCCUGAGAGAUCUUCUCAUCCGCUCCCACCUCCAAGACCUGAAGGACAUCACCCACAAUGUCCACUACGAGAACUACCGCGUCAUCAGACUCAACGAGAGCCACCUGCUGCCCCGAGGGCCUGGCUGGGUGAACCUGGCCCCAGCCUCCGCCAGGCAGCUGACCAGCCCCGGGCCCUCGAAGGCCUGCAGGCGGGCCCGAGACAGCCCGGAGGACGGCUUCUGAGCACCGCUGCCCGCUGCCACACACGCCUGUGCACCACAGCAGCUAUUAAAGUGGACAUUGCUUUUUAUGAAAAGCUGUGCUUUUAAAACAAAAGGUGUUUUGUAGAUGACUUCUUUGAGCUACCAGCAAAUAACAGUUAGGUUCUUUUUUAAGUAACAGCGUGAGA